AUGUCAGGGAGAAUGGCUCCUCAUCUUCCUCUGAUCUUUCUGCUCAUAAUUCCAGGGGUUUAUAGUGAUGGUUGGGGUGUGAGUUACAGCUCUUCAUACAUCUGUGCAAUAAAGGGAUCAUCAGUGAUAAUGCCGUGCACUUAUACAUACCCUUCUGGAAAUCAGGUCAUGAAUGUGUUCUGGACUGAUGAUUCAGGUUCAUAUCCUCAAGAUCUGUCUAUAGACCCUGAAUACAGUCAGAGGAUUCAGUAUCUGGGAGAUAAUCUGCACAACUGCACCCUCAGACUGAAUAAUGUGACACAGAAGGAUAAACGCAUGUACUAUUUCAGAUUCAUAACUGAUAAAGAUAGAUGGACUGGUAAAUCUGGAGUGAAUCUUGAUGUCACAGAUCUGCGUGUGGAGUCUCCUGAGAACGUGACAGAGGGAGAUACAGUCAAUCUGACAUGUAAAAGCACCUGUAAUGUGAAUAACAAAGCAACAUUCAUCUGGUGGAAAAACACACAGUCAUUAACUGAGAUGAACAAUAAACUCCUCCUGCAGUCCGUCAGAAGAGAGGAUGCAGGCAGAUAUAGCUGUGCUGUACACGGAUACAAUCUCACAUCACCUCCUGUUUAUCUCAAUGUCAUGUAUCCUCCAAAGAAUACUGUAAUUUCCAUCAGUGGAUCUGUUGAAAUAUAUUUGGGUGAUUCAGUGAAUCUGACCUGCAUCAGUGAUUCAAACCCACCUGUUGUGAACUACACCUGGUUUAAGGAGAAUGAAAGCUCAUCUGUUGGAUCGGGACAGAAUUACAGUACACUACAGAGUGGAUUCUUCUACUGUGUGGCUCAGAAUCAACUUGGAUCUCAGAGAUCAGCUGCUGUAUCAGUGACAGUUCAUCAUGGAUCUAGUUGGCAUGUAGUGUUGGGGAUCACAGUGGGAUGUGGAGUAUUCAUCGUCAUCAUCAUCAUCAUUGUCAUUAUUCUGUUUAAAACGAGAAAAAGCAGCAGUACAAAACCUGAAGACCUCACAGUUAAACAGGAUGAUCUUUACUCCAACAUAACAGGGGAGGUCCAAACAUAUGCCAAUGUUUCACAUAAGUGGAAGACUGAAUCCAGAGAUAUGGAGGAGAUCCAGUAUGCAAUGGUCCAACAUCACAAACACAAAGAGAUGAAAAGACCAGAAGAGAAUGAAAACCAGUUUGACAAUGUAAGAAUUCAUCAUUCUGAUGCUGCCAUGAGGCAAUCAAAUUUGCAAACUAUGGAGGAUCUCUCAGUGAUAUACAGCAGCGUUAAGAAACCAGUGUAA